UUCAGUUUCUUUUCAACUCUUCAGCUGAUCGGACGUGUUUUCUUUGAUAAAAAUGUUGUGAUUUUUGAAGAAAUUACAUAUGAUGGUGUUUGUGUAGUGUUGAAAAUAAUCAAAAUUUUUGAUAAUAAUUUUGAUCCCAAAACAUUAACAAAAGCAACAUGGACUUGCAUAAAAAAGUAACUGCAAUACUUAUACUUUGCUUCAUUUCGCUAUCACUGAACAAUGUGAAAGAAGUUUCUUCUGAUAACACAUAUGCUACUACCCAAAUUUCGUCGUCAGAAUGUUACGAUAACUACGGACAGCCAAGAAGAUGCAUCCCGGGAUUUGAAAACGCUGCAUUUAACUUGCCAAUUGAAGCGACAAACACAUGUGGUCAAGAUGAAGACACAGAUUUCUGCGUGCAAACGGGAUUUUCAAACAGAAAGAGUUGUGAUGUUUGCCGUGAGGGAGAUCACACAUCAGAUCGCUUAUCGGAUUUACACGAUCCGAAAAGUCCAACUUGGUGGCAAUCAGAAACAAUUUACGAAGGAAUUCAAUAUCCAACUGCCGUAAAUCUUACAUUAAAUUUAGGAAAAUCAUUUGACAUCACAUACAUUCGAAUUGUAUUUUAUUCGCCUAGACCAGAAUCUUUCGCAAUUUAUAAAAGAGUCACUCAAGAUGGACCUUGGAGUCCUUAUCAAUUUUAUAGUGCAACAUGUAGAAGCACUUAUGGACUGCCGGAUUCACUUUCAUUACAAAAAGGAGAAAAUGAAUCGAGAGCAUUGUGCACCAGCGAAUACAGUGACAUUUCACCAUUGCAGUUCGGUAACAUUGCUUUCUCAUCAUUGGAGGGACGUCCGAGUGCUUACAAUUUCGAGCAUAGCAUUGAACUUCAACAAUGGGUAACAGCGACUGACAUAAGAAUCUCCUUGAAUCGACUUAACACUUUCGGUGACGAAUUGUUUGGUGAUAAACAAGUUUUGAAAUCAUAUUUCUAUGCGAUUGCUGAUAUUGCUGUUGGUGCAAGAUGUAAAUGUAAUGGACAUGCUAAUAAAUGUGUUGACAGCACAGGUUUAAAUGGUGAAAGAAUGAAAGUUUGUGAGUGCAAACAUUUCACUGAUGGACCUGAUUGCGAGAAAUGUUUGCCUUUCUACAACGAUGCGCCAUGGGGACGUGCAACAUCAAAGAACGCACAUGAAUGUAAACCAUGUAAUUGCAAUGGAUAUUCAAAUAAAUGUUACUUCGAUCGUAAUCUCUACAAUUUAACUGCACAUGGCGGACAUUGCAUUGAUUGCGCUGCAAAUCGCGACGGUCCAAAUUGUGAACGUUGCAAGGAAAACUUUUACAUGCGUGAAGACGGAUAUUGUACUCAUUGUGAUUGCAAUCCAAUUGGAUCACGAUCAUUGCAAUGUAAUUCUGAAGGAAAGUGUCAAUGUAAGAAAGGCGUUGCUGGUGAGAAAUGCGAUCGUUGUGAAGCAAAUCAUUACAAAUUUGCAACUUCUGGAUGUCCAUCAUGUGAUUGUAACAUUAAUGGAUCUUGGGACAACAUGCCGUCAUGUGAUCCAGAAACAGGAUUUUGUGCUUGCAAAGAGAAUGUCGAGGGACGUCAUUGUCGGGAAUGUAAGCCAGGCUUCUUCAAUCUUGAUUUUGACAAUAAAUUUGGUUGCACGCCUUGCUUCUGUUAUGGGCACACAUCAGAAUGUCAAAGUGCUUCUGGUUAUUCCAUUGUUUCAACGACAUCAAGCUUUAAUAAGAAUAAGGAGAAGUGGACGUCAGUCGAUACAAGAAAUAAAUACGCAGAGCCGAAAUACAACACGCCUCGUCAAAGUGUUGGAAUCUUCAGCACAGGGAAUGAAAACAUUUACUUCAAUGCACCUGAUCGUUUCUUAGGAGAUCAAAGAGCUUCAUACAAUCGAUUACUUAAAUUCAAGUUGCAAUUGGUUAAUCAACGUGGUCCAAAUCCAUCACCAAGUGACAUAAUUCUUGAAGGUGCUGGCAGUAAAAUUUCUUUGCCAAUCUUCGCUCAAGGACAAGGAAUGCCUGAUGAAACUAUGAAGGAAUAUGUUUUCCGAUUACAUGAACACCCUGAUUAUUCAUGGCAACCCAGUCAAUCUUCACGACAAUUCAUGUCAGUUCUCAGCAAUCUUACAGCCAUCAAAAUCAGAGCAACUUUCUCAGAUGAAGGUGAAGCAUAUUUGGACGACUUUGAAUUACAAACAGCACAUCGUGGUGCAGCUGGAAAUCCAGCUAGAUGGAUUGAACAAUGUCAAUGUCCAGAAGGUUACGUUGGUCAAUUCUGUGAAUCAUGUGCACCAGGUUACAGACAUAGCCCAGCUAAUGGUGGUCCCUUCAUGCCAUGCAUUCCGUGUGAUUGUAAUAAGCACGCUGAAAUUUGUGACUCUGAAACUGGAAGAUGCAUUUGUCAACAUAAUACCGCUGGUGAUAAUUGCGAUCAAUGUGCACGAGGAUUCUAUGGCAAUGCUUUGAGUGGAACUCCAUACGAUUGUAAGAGAUGUCCAUGUCCUGAUAAUGGUGCUUGUAUGUCAUUAGCUGAUGACUCAAUCAUGUGUUUGGAAUGUCCAGUUGGAUACUUUGGCGCUCGAUGUGAGAUUUGUUCUGAUGGUUAUUAUGGCGAUCCAACUGGUGUGACGACAGGAAAAGUUCAACUUUGUCAGAUGUGCGACUGUAAUGGAAAUACUGAUCCAAAUGCGGUUGGUAAUUGUAAUCGAACAACUGGAGAAUGUAUGAAAUGUAUUCAUAAUACUGCGGGACCUCAUUGCGAUGAAUGUCUUCCUGGACAUUUCGGUGAUCCUUAUGCUUUACCUCAUGGAUCGUGUGAAACGUGUUCGUGUUAUCGUCGUGGAACAAUUGAGAAUUCCGAUGGAAUUUCUGUUUGUGAUCAAGUUUCUGGUGAUUGUGCAUGUAAGCAAAAUGUCAUCGGAAAGAAUUGUAAUGAAUGUCAGAAAGGAUUUUGGAAUAUUGCCAGUGGAACGGGAUGUGAAAGCUGUCAAUGUGAUCCAGUAGGAUCUUACAACAGUUCAUGUAACACCUACAGUGGUCAAUGUUUCUGCAAACCUGGAAUCACGGGAUUGCAUUGCGACAAAUGUGAAGCCUAUCAAUAUGGAUUUUCAACGGAAGGUUGCAAGCAAUGUGACUGCGAUAGUAGCGGUUCGAAAAGCUCUCAAUGCGAUGAAGAUGGUCAAUGUCCAUGUAAUGAUAACGUUGAAGGAAGAACAUGUAACAGAUGCAAGGAAAACAAACAUGAUCGACAUCAGGGAUGUUUGGAUUGUCCACAUUGCUAUAAUCUCGUUCAAGAUGCUGUCAAUGCGCAUCGUAGGAAAAUUUCUUCAUUCGAUAAAAUGUUGUUGGAGAUUUCAGAGAACCCAACAGUUAUUGAAGAUUCUGAAUUUGAAGCAAAGUUGAGAGCUUUGAAUGAGAAGGUGAACAUUGUUUUGGAAGAUGCGAAAUCAGGUGCAGGUGGAGGUUCUGGUAAAUCAUUGACACAGAAAAUGGAUGACUUAAGAGAUCAACUGUUUGAAAUUGAUGGAAGUUUAAAAGAUGUUGUAGUGACACAUGACGAUUCAAAAAUGAAUUUUGAUCAAGCUAAUGAGAACUUGAAUAUUGCACAACAAAGCAUUCAACAAGCAACUGAUGAACUUAAUUCUGCUAUGGAAAUGAUUCAAAUUGAAGGGGUAAUGGAACUUUCAAAAGCAAAGAACAAAUCUAAUCAAUUCGAUCAGCAAUCUGAACAAAUGAGUGACAUUUCGAGAAGUUCACGAAAGGUUGCUGAAGAUUUAGAAAAAGCAGCAGGUUAUAACAGAGAUCAAGCUAAGGAAGCUAAGCAACGUGCAAUUAAUGCUUCUGAUGUUGCAAAGAAUACAAUUGAUUUACAGAGAUCAAUAACUGAUCAACUUAAAACGAAAAUAGCGCCAGAUUUUCCUAAAGAAAAGAAAAAGUUGGAAUCGCUUAAAAAACUUACGACAGAAUCUCUUGAAAAAGCAAACAGCGUUUAUGAUGAUUCAUUAACAUUAUUCGCAAAUAUAAACGCUUUAGCUAUUCCUGAAGUGGAUCUUCAACCAAUCAAAGAAGAUGCGAACAGUUUGUCGAAAGCUUCUGAUGAAAUCUCAGCGGAACUUGAAGGAGUUUUGCAUACUAAUAACGAGAUGUUAAGUAACUUGGAAGAUAAUUUAAGACUUUCUGAGGUUCUUAUAUUGAGAGCUGAUGGUCAGAAAGAAGAAGCUUUAGAAAUGCUCAACCACAUCACAGAUGCAAAACGAUUAGCAGAAACUGCAGUCAACGAUGGUGAUGACACUUUAAAGAAAGCUAAUAACACUUACCAUUUAUUGCAAAGCUUUCAAAGUGAAGUACAAAAAUCAUCAGAAAAUGCCAAAAUUGCCCUUCAAGAUGUUCCUGAUAUAAUGCAACAAUUAAGAGACACAGAAGAUAUCAUUAAGAAAGCGGAAGAGGCAUUAGAAGAAUCGUAUAGUAAUGCUGAUAAAGCAAAAAUGAAUGCACAAGAGGCACAAGAACGUUACGCUGAUCAAGCUUCAAAAGAUGCCGAAACUAUUCGCAAAAAUGCAAACGAUGCCAAAAAUGAAGCUCAAAAGUUACACUAUGAAGCUACUAAUUUAAGAUCACGAAUUUCUAGUACUGAAUCAAGAUUUGGAAAUCUUGAAGGGUUGGCAGAUGAAGAUGAUGAAUUGACCGAAACAGCAAAAGCAAAAGUUGGUCAGGCAAAGACUGAUUCGGAAGAAGUUCAACAACAAAUGCAAAAAGCUCUUGACAGUAUCAAGUCUAUAAUAAGUGAACUCGAAAACAUGAAAGAGAUAAGCAUAAAAGAUUUGGAUUUGCUGGAUCAUAAAUUAAAUACAACAGAAGCAGAGCUUGAAAGAGCGAAAUUGAAUGAGCGAAUCGAAUCCCUUCGUGGCUUGAGAAACCAUCAAAACUCAGAUAUGAAAGGAUAUAAAUCAGAAAUUUCUCUUUUAGAAAAAGAAGUUGCAAACAUAAAGCAAAUAUCCAGUGCAUUACCAAACGCGUCUUUUUCUGAUCAUAAAAUAUUGAAUGAAGUGAAGAAAUUAGAAAGCAUGACCAGUAGAAGUGCAAGAAAAGGAACACCAGUAUCUUCUGGUUCAAAUGUUCGUCCUUCCAGUCCACUAUCGCCAACCCGCCAUUCGCGACUCGUGGAAAAAAAUGAACUACAGAACUUGAAUGAUCGAUUGGCAGCAUAUAUCGAUCGUGUGCGUCAUUUGGAAAACGAAAAUGCCAGAUUAACUACAGAAAUAACAUGUUAUCGAGAUACAACAACACGGGAGGUAACAAACAUCAAAGGCAUGUAUGAACAUGAGCUCUCCGAUGCCAGAAAGUUAUUAGAUGAGACCUCCAAGGAAAAGGCAAAACUUGAAAUUGAUAUCAAGAGGUUUUAUGAAGAAAACGAGGAUUUAAAAAAACGUUUGGACAAGAAGACGAAAGAAUGCGUCAGUGCUGAGAACAGUGCUCGUUUAUACGAACAAAAAUUCCACGAUUUGAGUGCAAAAUAUAAUGCUGCUGCUUCAGAACGUAAGAAGCUCCAAGAUGAACUCAAAGAUUUGGAGAAAGAAAAUGAUAAACUCAAAAAGAUGCUCGAAGCAUUACGUAAAAGUUUGGAAGAAGAAACUUUGGCGAGAGUUGACUUAGAAAAUAACAUUCAGAGUCUCAAGGAGGAAUUGACCUUCAAGGAUCAAGUUUUCCAACAAGAACUUUCCGAGUCUCGAUCACGUCGUCAAGUCGAGAUCAGUGAAAUUGAUGGCCGCUUAACUGAACAAUAUGAAGCGAAACUUCAGCAAUCUCUGCAAGAAUUGCGCGAUCAAUACGAAGCACAGAUGCGUGGCAAUCGUGAAGAAAUCGAAGGAUUAUACGAGAAUAAGAUCAAAGGCUUACAAGCCCAAAUCAAUCGAAGCAAUAGCGCUUCUUCUGCCAUUCACGAAGAAUUGCGUAUUGCUCGUUCACGUGCCGAUGGCUUGAACGGUAAAAUUUCUGAUUUGGAAGGCACAAAUGCUGCUUUAUCUGCUCGAAUUCGAGAAAUGGAAGUCAUUUUGGAAGCUGAACGUGCGCGUUUCCAUCGCGAAUUGCAAUCGACAGAAGCUGAGUUAACUCGUCUUCGUGAAGAAAUGACGCAGCAAUUGAUGGAAUAUCAAGAUUUGAUGGACAUUAAAGUGUCGCUUGACUUGGAAAUUGCAGCAUAUCGCAAGUUACUCGAAGGUGAAGAAACUCGUCUUAACAUCACUCCAACACAAUCCCAAACCGCUUCGUUCUCUCAAUCUUUGCGUUCUGGUCGAGGAACACCGGUUCAGUUUCGGACCCCCUCAAGAGCUGGGAAACGCAAACGUACGGUCCUCGAAGACGAAGAGCAAUCGAACUAUAGUGUGAGUUCAUCAGCAAAAGGAGAAAUUGAAAUUGUCGAAGUUGACACCGAAGGAAAAUUUGUAAAGAUUUUAAAUCGUGGAAAUAAAGAAGCACAAAUUGGAGGGUGGCAAUUGCUUCGACGUUCUGGCGAUAAUGAAACUCAAUUCAAAUUUCACCGUACUGUUAAAGUCGAUGCUGGGCAAACAGUCACAAUCUGGUCUAUGGACAGUGGAGCAACUCACGAACCACCGACAAAUAUUGUCAUGAAGGGACAACGCUUCUUUGUUGGUGAUAAUAUGACGACGCAUUUAUUGAACCCAGAUGGCGAAGAAGUUGCAUUGCACGAACGUAAACUCGUACAGAGAUCAUUCCAUCGUGAAUUUGGUUAUCGUGGAAUUGAGGAUUUCCAUCAUCAGCAGGGAGAUCCACAAUCUGGUGAAGAGAAAUGUCGCAUAAUGUAAUCAACUUCCAUCACUGCCCACUAAAAUUUCAAUCGAAUGGUUAAUUAAGAACAAACCAACAAAGUAAGAAAAGAUAUUGCCUUUUAAAUAUUUGAAGCAAAUUAAAAAUGUUUAAGAUUAUCUUAGAUUUAUGAGGAAAAUAUUCCAUAAAGUGUUGUCUAUGGGAAAUAUCUUCUUUUUAUCAUCACUUUUUCCCCCUAAUUAAUUUAGUUUACCAUCAGAGACAGUUUCUGAAUGUCAAUGCUAAAAUUAGUUUUUUUUUCUCUUAUACUUUCAAAAUGAGCACAAAGUUAUAUAUAAAGAAAUUAAAGUCUUCGCAGAUAAAAUUUAUUUCGUAUAAUAAUAACGAAAGCCUCGAGAUUACUAAUCAGAAACAUUUAAUAAAUAUUAUUAUGAGACAGUCAGUAUCGACUUAAAUAUCUAUCUUAAUGAAAAAGGAAGAGAAAAGUUACGAUAUAGAAUAUUGUUUUAUAAUAAUUAAAGUAAAAAGGUUGAGGAAUCUUAUCAAAAUAUAAAGAAUUGAAAUGCAAACACAUUGAAGAUAUCCUUAAAGCUUAAAGUUUUUUUUUCUCAAUGGGAAUAAGGAAAUAAUUUAAUUAUAUGAUUUUGUACUUUCUUUCUUUUAAAAAAGUUCUUCGAUAUUUGCACUGACAGAACUUGAAAACCUAAUUCUUAAAUUCAUUAACUCUUUUCUUUUUCUUAUCAUAAAAUACAUUUUUUAAUUAUAUUUUUUGCUAACAUUAGAAGUGUAGAUAAAUCAAAAAAGAAGAAAAUAAAAACUUGUGUUCAUGAAAAAGAAAUUAAUGUCAAUAAAAUGUCUAUCGAUUCAUUUUUUGUUAGAGUUUUAGUUACGGUGAAAAAGUUGAUUCGCUUUAACUUGUGUUUAUUUCCUGUUUAUUUUAUUGAUUAAAUGGAAAU